AUAGUAUCUCAUCACAAUUUACCCGCACGUGUUGCAUUGUUUUGAUUGGGCUUAUAUUGUUUAAAUUUAUUUAAAAUGUCUAAAUUCCUAUCAUAUUACAAUCUAUUUCCUAUACCGGAUCCCAAAGAGUUUCUGGGCAUGGCUGCGGACAAAGAAAGGGGAAAUGUAAUCACUACGCUGGCUCGCAAUGUUGUUGUUAUCUUAAAUAUUAGCACUCAAAAGCAGCUGCACAGUUGGUCUAUGCCAGAAAAGUUGUCAGCAAAAGUGAUAUAUGAUCCAAACAGUCAGAAAUACGUUGGCGUGUUCGGCAACCACUCGAUUCGUCUCUGGGAUGUGGACACGCCCGAUGUGACCAAGUGCAAAAAACUAAAGUUUCAAAAGAGCAUUGGUCAUGUGGUACACACAGACCAGGAAGCACUCGUUUUGUAUAGCGAUGGCUACUGCCAGACGCUUUCAAAGGCUUUGGAAUCGCGCAAAAACCAAAGGGAGGACUCCGCGGAGCAGUUGGCGCUUGCUGCCAGCAAAACUUUGAGCAAGCCAACAGUUCAUACACUAUCAGAGGGACAGAGAGUGCUCACUUAUUUUGAAGAAAAACAUGCAACGGGUGAAUUUUGCCUCGUUAGGCGCUCCCUGUCCAAUAGCAGUAAGCGCUCAUAUCCACUUAAGAGAGAGGCGGUCCGCCUAACAGGCCAUGCUGUCGUUGAAGGCGACACAGGUCCCCAACUAAUGACAAUUUGGUCUGACAAGCGCAUUUUCAUGCUAAAUCUGGCUGAGCGUUCGCACGAAUCUGGACCCGGUCAAUUUGUAUCAAUGCUCGCUGAACUGAACGUGGAAAGCAAAUUGUCGGUAUACGGACUGUCACGCAACUUUGCGGCAAUAUACGGCGCCAACUAUGGCCAAGAAGGCGCCUCACUGCUUGUAUAUAACACACAGUUCAAGGUGGUUAAUGCCAAGCAAUACUUUAAAGUGUACUUGGACUUCUCGCGAUUAUGGGCGCGCGAUGAACACAUUCUACUGGCCAUGGGUCAGAACAUUGCCGCUGUGCGCUAUCGCAUGAAUGACGAACUUCUGAUUGAUAUGCUGGGCUCACAGCUUCACGAAACACAUUUGACGCCCAUCGAGCUAGAUCAUAUUAAUGAAGAGGAAUCACUGGAAGCCGCAAUCAAAUUUGGGGGAAACAGUCGUUCUUACAACACUUUGAAGCAGACCAAACAGUCAAAACAACCGUUAACAGAUCUGCCACCUGCAGAUGGUAAAACUGUGGCAUUCGAGUCACCCGAAAUCUCAGAGCGCGAAUUAAACGAGGUCAUCAAACAUCAUGUGGAUGGUGAGCUAAUGCAAGUUGUCCAUGGUCUGGAGGAUGUUAAUAUUACGCUUAUGAGCAACUUUUACGAUGAGGGCCCACAGAAUUUGGCAGUACAAUCUAUUGUAAGACAACUAGAGCGCAGCGGAGCUGGUGAACUGGAGAUAACAGAGAAGCUUUUAACAUUGUUUAUUAAAACCCAAAAUACGGAGCAUGUUCUGAUGUGUGUGCGGCGUUACACGAACAUCUCAGAGCACAUGCUGGCCUGGUGUUUGCGCUACGCUCUGGACAACACUCCAACUGCUGCCACCAAUGGUGAAGCUACAGAUGAUAAAGUGGCCGAGCCAGCAACAGUUAAUGAUGAGCUACUUAAUGCCGUGCUUGCCUGCAGCUUCAAUUCUGUUGCGAUUGAGAAGCAUCUGAAGCAGCGUCUAGAAUUGUCACAUAUCCAGCGUUUGCUGCGUCAUUUAUAUGUACUAGCCACUGCACCAAAUGUGUUGCUCGAGGAGCGUCCCAACCAAAAUAACGCCUCCCUGGGCAAUACGCCCACAGAGCUGCAAGCGUUUCAAUGGCUGAGCGCAUUGUUAACCUCGCAUAUUACAUUGUUAACCAUCUCUAAAGAUGAAGAACUGAUGGCGGUGCUAACGCAAUGGUCGGAACUUUUUCAGAUAUAUAAGAGUACUCUGGAUCCAUUAGCGAUGGUGGUUCCUCUGCUGACCAACAUUAUUGAACGACAUCAGCUUAAAGACCCGUACCCCACCAUGUGGUAUGGCAUUGAGAAGGUCAAGCUUUACUAACCAGCUCAUAAAAGAAUUCUGUUCUUAACAAAAUUUGUUGUUAGUCAUAAGCUUAAUAAAUGUAGAGCUAACGCCCAUA